CACUUUCGCACAAAUCAUCAUUCUUCUUAGCACACACUUUAAACCUGAUUUGCUACACAUGUGCUCUACAAACAAGCUUGCAUAUGUAACUACUGUCCAUCUUUACUGUACAUGAUUGCCUACCUUACAUCUUACUAGUUAGCCUCAUCUUUAAUACGAAUUUACGAAUUGAUAUUUACAUAUGUUAAAAGCAAAGCCUCACUUGCUCCAUCGCCUUUUCUAUCCUUCUACAAAUUGUAUAUAUCAUUGAUGCCUCCUCAAUUCCUAACAUUCUAACAUACCUACCUACCUAUUCCAGGUACUUAACGCCCACGAGUCCAAUACUGUAACAUACUGUAACGUGCCGCCACCCAAACAGCUCUCCCCACCUCGUGUCUGCAUUGUCGUGGGCGGUGUAUUUCCACACCACGUACUGCAUAGCCUUUCUGUCCAAUUGUUUCUCGUCCCUUCGGUCUGUUCGGUGUCUUCAUUGUUUCAUUAUAAAACUUCUAUCAGCGCCAAGUACGGCCCCGCAGGCGAUCUACAAAUUUGAUGCUUUCAAAUAAUUAAGAGGGAAGAAAAAAAAAGAAGAAAUAAAGAUGCGAUUAAGUUCUUACCGAUAUGCCGCGGUCUGCUAUAUAGCCGUGACGACCCUUACGCUCGCCGAUCCAAUUGUCAACCCACUAGCAUACGGAAACUUUGAGGACUUCGCUCCUAUCCACAGGAGGCAACUCACUUGCCCUACCGACUACUUUAGCUGCGAGGAUCGAGGUCCCGCCUUCUCUGGCACCUGUUGCGAAAAUGGUCAAUUAUGUGCACUAGAUGCCCAAAGUCAGGCUGCGUGCUGCCCUACGACCGCUACGUGUACCGGAGUAGCGCCUACCGGUGCCACGCCCACGCCUUCCUUUGUGAGCAACACGUACUUCCAGUUCCCCUACAUACCAACCUCGUUCGCCAACUCGGUCGCGUGCACCUCCGCCGUCAGCCAGUGCUCCAGGAACUACCAGGCCUGCGUCUCGGGCCUAGCCGAUAGUAGUGCCGGCGCCGCGUGGGGCGUUACCAUCGUGGUCCCGGGCGGAGGUGGGACCACCGUCGCUGCCACCCAGGCCACCGGCUUACCCGCGGCUACAGCCACAUCCGUCUGUUCGAGUCUUUCGUCUGAGGCCUGCUAUAACCUGCAGAGUAGCCAGUGCACCGCAGCCGGCACAACGGGGGGUUUCGUCAUCGGCACGGGAAACAACGCAGCCCGGCCUACGGCCGCCUGUGUGGCUGGCAUUGUUGCAGGUGUUGGACUAGGGCUUAUGGGUGGACACAUAUGAACAUUGAAUCGAAUCGGAUCUGAAUCAACGAAGAGGAUAUUUGGGUAUGAUACUGCUCAUCGAGCUACGAAAAUGGGCAUGACAUCGAAGUAGGGGAGAGGCAGAAGUGGAUUGAACGACGUUACGAACGGCCAUGACCCUUUUUCUGAAUGCGUGUGUAUAUUUCGGUUGUUGUUUAUAGAUAUGUCGUCUCUCGUUUGCACAUGCGUAGUAUUCCGGGGCUGUACAUAGAAUCGGAUCAAACGGAGGAAAGGUUUCUCAUCUAUGUACUCUGGACAUUAGGAGGAACGGUAUGGAGAUAGGGAUCUCAUUCAGGUGCAUUCAGGUACCUGCGCGUUUGUGCUUUGAAAGAAUGGAUUCUUCUGAGGCAUCUAUACUGCUUUGGCUUAGUUUAGGUUCUAAGAAUGAUGUUACAUAAAAAUGCAACAAAGAAAUCACAUAACACUCUAC